AUGAGCCGAGAGGGCGACGCGAGGCUGGCAGCCGAGGAAGCAAGGCCGGUUCCGCAGCGCCGGCUGUGCGCCCGCGUGUGCCGGGCGCAGGAGCGAGCGGGGCACGGGCAGCUGGCCCAGCUGGGCGGCGUGGGGGUGCUGACGGGGGGCAACCGUUCCGGGGCCGCCUCGGGAGAGGCCGGCGAGGGCGCGGGGGUCUCGGACGCGCCCCCGACCCGGGCACCCACGCCGGACUUCUGCCGGGGCUACUUCGAUGUCAUGGGCCAGUGGGACCCGCCGUUCAACUGCAGCUCGGGCGACUUCAUCUUCUGCUGCGGGACUUGUGGCUUCCGGUUCUGCUGCACGUUUAAGAAGCGGAGACUGAACCAGAGCACCUGCACCAACUACGACACUCCGCUGUGGCUCAACACCGGCAAGCCCCCCGCGCGCAAGGACGACCCCCUGCACGACCCCACCAAGGACAAGACCAACCUGAUCGUUUACAUCAUCUGCGGGGUGGUGGCGGUCAUGGUGCUCGUGGGCAUCUUCACCAAGCUGGGACUGGAGAAGGCGCACCGGCCCCAAAGGGAGCACAUGUCCAGGGCCCUUGCAGAUGUCAUGAGGCCACAGGGCCACUGCAACCCUGACCACAUGGAGAGAGACCUUAACAUUGUGGUGCACGUGCAGCAUUACGAGAACAUGGACACCAGAACCCCCAUAAAUAAUCUCCACACCACCCAGAUGAACAAUGCUGUGCCCACCUCGCCUUUGCUGCAGCAGAUGGGACAUCCGCAUUCGUACCCCAAUCUGGGUCAGAUCUCCAACCCCUACGAGCAGCAGCCGCCCGGAAAAGAGCUCAACAAGUACGCCUCCUUGAAGGCAGUCGCCGACAAGGUAAAUGAGGACUUCUACUCCAAGCGCCGCCACCUGGCCGAGCUGGCCGCCAAGGGGAACCUGCCUUUGCAGCCCGUCAGAGUGGAGGGCGAGCCGCGGGCCUUCAGCCCCGAGCACGGCCCCGCCAAGCAGGACGGACAGAAGCCUCGCACCAACAAGAUGCCCCCACACCCCCUGGCCUACAAUUCCACCGCCAACUUCAAGGGCUGGGAUUCCGGCGAGCAUUCUCUCCGGCGGCAGGCGUACAGCAACAAGGGCAAGCUCGGCACGGCCGAGUCGGGCUCCAGCGACCCGCUGGGGACGCGCAGCCAGCACUACCCACCCCCACAGCCGUACUUCAUCACCAACAGCAAAACGGAGGUGACUGUCUGAGCAUCCUGGAGACCACACGCAACUGAGAGGCGACAACAUUCUGGCCCACACCCUCCCCGGCCUCCCCCCCACACACAGCCACCCACACACUCACUCCCACACCAACCCGCCAGAUACCUGCUGAUGACACGGAACCACGCUUUUCCUGGGUCAGGCCGAACACGCGUCCGUGGGCCACUGAGCAGGACCGACGCUUGGACGUCCAGCAAUACGGCCAAGGGGAAACUGAGGCCUACUCUUUCGACUGCAGGCUCACGGCGGCCGACUCAUGUGUGCCCAAACGGUGGGGCUGAUUUUUCUUUUUCUCCUAAUGUGAAACGAAAAUCCGUCGUGAAAAAUAACAGUAGCACAAUUUAGAGAAGUUGUCCACUUUGGGCGCAGACACCAUGUGCCACGUGCUGUCUAUGUCGGCUGAAGAAGCCGGAGCGGGUAGAGAAUGAGGUGGACACUGGAGAAGGGUGUGUUUGCGAGGCAGAGUCGUUGGGGAGGAAUCUGUGCAAGUAAUAAACAUUUGCUAAAACCAAGAAGUGGUGACAUGGACACACGGUUCGACAAGCAUGAGACAGUAACUGGACACCAACCAUGCUAUUUAUAGUCCUUUUCAUAUCAUCAAUGUUGGAAGCAAAAAAAAAAACAACACACACACUCAAACUCACACAAAAAAUAAAUGACCCCAAACCCACCGACGGUGAUGG